AUGAAAUUGUCUGCGGCGCUUUGCGCGGCGCUGGCGCUGCCGCCUUGUUACGGCCUCAGCCUGUCUGGCCCAGGCGGCAGGCCAUACAACAUCAUCCGCGAGCCGGAGAAGCGGGCGCUUCAGGACAUCGUCACCUGGGAUGAGCACUCUCUCUUCAUCCGCGGCGAGCGCGCCAUGAUGUUCUCGGGCGAGUACCACCCGUUCCGUCAACCCGUGCCAUCGCUGCACUUGGAUGUGCUGCAAAAGAUCAAGGCCGCGGGCUUCAACAUGGUGUCCUUUUACGUCGACUGGGCGCUCCUCGAAGGCAAGCGUGGCGAGUUCCGCGCCGAAGACAUUCACGACCUGGAGCCGUUCUUGGAGGCAGCCAAGCAGGCGGGCAUUUACCUCCUCGCCCGCCCGGGGCCGUACAUCAACGCAGAAGUGAGCGGCGGAGGCUUUCCCGGCUGGCUGCAGAGGAACACCGGCGUCCUCAGGACAGACUCGGGCGACUUUCUCGGCUCUACCGACAACUAUAUGGCUCGCAUCUGCGGCAUCAUCGCGAAGCACCAAAUCACCAACGGGGGCGCUGUUGUGCUCUACCAACCCGAGAAUGAGUACAGCUACGGCUACAAGAUUCCGUUUCCGAAUGGAAAGUACAUGCAGUACGUGAUCGACCAGGCCCGAAGGGCGGGGAUUGUCAUGCCCAUGAUCAACAACGACGUUGGUCCCUACGGUUACUAUGCGCCGGGAAGUGGCACGGGCCAGAUGGACAUCUACGGCCAUGACAACUACCCUCUUGGAUUUGACUGUGACAAACCCUCCGAUUGGCCAGCAGGGAAGCUGCCGACAGACCUGCACCAACGACAUGUCAGGCAGAGCCCAAAGACCCCGUAUGCCAUCGUCGAGUUUCAAGGUGGCUCCUACGACCCCUGGGGCGGGUCUGGUGUUGACCAGUGCGCCGCCCUCGUCAACCACGAGUUUGCCCGCGUCUUCAACAAGAAUAAUCUUGCUGCAGGCGUGGCCAUCUUCAGCCAGUACAUGGUCUAUGGCGGAACGAACUGGGGCAACCUGGGACACCCAGGCGGAUACACGUCCUACGACUAUGGAGCUGCCAUCAAAGAGAAUCGGGUUCUCGAUCGCGAAAAGUACUCGGAGCUCAAGCUCCAGGGCGAGUUUCUCAAAGUGUCGCCCAAUUACCUCCUCACUGUUCCUGGAGACCUCAGCACCACAGCCUACAGUGACAACGCAGCGAUUGCCAUCACGCCUCUCAACGCAGACAAGACAGGCAGGUUCUUUGUCGCUCGCCACGCAGACUACGCGAGUACGGACUCAGUCUCGUAUAAGCUCAAAUUGCCCACAUCUGCAGACGUUGCCACUAUACCGCAGAUUGGCAAUGCGACGCUCACACUCAGCCGCCGCGACUCCAAGGUCCACGUCACAGAUUACGUUGUUGGACCAGACCACAGUCUGCUCUACUCCACUAGCGAGAUCUUGACAUGGAAGAAAUUCGGCAACAAGACCGUGCUUAUCAUGUACGGUGGCCCCAACGAGACGCAUGAGUUCGCAUACAAUGGCAUUCCCCCCACUAGUCAAAGCGAGGCCAGCAGCGCCACGGUUCACGUAUCGGCUGGUAUAACUGUGGUUCAAUGGCACACGGCACCUAAGCGGCAGUUUGUCAACAUUGGCAGUCUCACCGUCUAUCUUAUUGACCGUAAUGCGGCGUACAACUACUGGGUUCCCGUACUGCCCGCGAACGGCAGCGCGUAUGGCAGCUCCGUCAUGAAUCCAGAGGCCGUCAUCAUCAAUGGCGGCUACCUUGUUCGCUCCGUCUCCGUCGAUGGUGCGACGCUCAACGUGAAGGCCGACUUCAACAAGACGACGGAGAUGGAGGUGAUUGGUGCGCCGAGUGGCACGUCCAAGCUGCGGGUGAACGACAAGGUGCUGAAGUACACGACCAACUCUUUUGGCAACUGGGUUACGACAAUCACGGUCGACAGCCCGUCCUUCCCGAUCCCUGACCUCGACCAUGUGGAAUGGCAUAAGAUUGACUCACUGCCUGAGAUCCAGCCCGGAUACGACGACGCUCAGUGGCCGACGGCAGACCACACGUCGUCCAACAACACCGUCGAGCCGCUCAAGACGCCCGUCUCCCUGUACGCAUCCGACUACGGCUUCAACACGGGCACGCUCGUCUUCAGGGGCCACUUCACGGCCAGCGGCUCCGAGACGCAGCUCAAGCUCACGACCAAGGGCGGCAGCGCCUACUCGUACGCCGUGUGGCUCAACGGCACCUUUCUCGGCUCGUACAAGAACGACUGGUGCUGGGACUACAACGACGGCGCCUUCCCGCUCACCAGCCUCACCGCCGGGUCCAGCUACGUGCUCACCGUCGUCGUCGACAACAUGGGCCUCAACGAGGACCUCAACUCGGGCUGGGACGACAUGAAGUCCCCGCGCGGCAUCCUCAAGUACGAGGUCGUCUCCUCGGACGCCUCCAAGCCCGCCACCAAGAUCUCGCCCUGGAAGAUCACGGGCAACCUCGGCGGCGAGUCGUACAAGGACCGCUUCCGCGGCCCCCUCAACGAGGGCGGCCUCUUCUUCGAGCGCCAGGGCUACCACUAUCCCUAUCCGCCCCUCGACAAGUUCUCCAAGGGCCCCGGCAGCAGCCCCAUGGACGGCAUCGCCAAGCCCGGCGUCGCCUUCUACACGGCCCUCUUCACGCUCAACCUCCCCGCCGACAAGUACGACAUCCCCCUGUCCUUUGUCUUUGGCAAGAACCCCGACGGCGCAAAGGCCUACCGCGCCAUCCUCUACAUCAACGGGUUCCAGUUCGGCAAGUACGCCUCCAACAUCGGCCCCCAGACCGAGUUCCCCGUGCCAGAGGGCAUCCUCAACCACCGCGGCGACAACUGGAUCGGCGUCGCCGUCUGGGCCGUCGAGGACGGCGGCGCAAAGGUGCCCAGCCUCAAGAUCAAGUAUGGCACUCCAGUCUUGACGGGCAGGGAGACGGUUCAUCUGGUCCGCGGGCCAAAGUACACUCAACGGAAGAAUGCAUACUGA